AAUUCGUUUUAUCUACACGAAAAAACAAAAAACCAACAACCUAAUUCAAAAUGAAAUUCUUUGUUGCUACUACUUGUGUGCUUUUAUUGGCCUCUGGCAUCCUUGCCAAUCCCGCCAUCAAGGAUAACACUGUUGAACAAAAUGGUGUAUUUGCCAAGUGCUUGGAAGCUGAUUCAAUUUCGUGUCUGCAAUUAACGCUCUACCGCAAAGCCAAAUCCUUCUUCGAUAAUCCCCAAAUUGAAUUGUUCGGCGGUGUCUCAUUGAUCAAGUCCAACGAAGGUCGUCAAGGUAAAUCUUUGGAUGAAACCGCUGUCGCUGUUGAAAAUGCCCCCACCAUUGAGGCCCGCACCACUGAAAUGGGCAACUACAUGCUGACCAAUGCCAAGAACUUCUUCGCUGAACGCUCAUUGAACUUCAACUUUGCCAAUGCUGCCCGCUCCGUUGCCCGUGCCAUUCCCGAUGACAUCAAGGCUGAUUUGCGCGAAUUGGUUGUUGAAUCCCGUACCGGCAAGAAGAAGAAGUUGUUGAAGAAAUUCUUGCCAAUCUUGUUGGGUGUCGGUGCUAAGGUCGCUGUUUUGGGUAUUGGUUCCAUCUUCGGUUUGUUGUUCAUUGCCAAGAAGGCCCUCGUCAUCUCCGUCAUUGCUUUCUUCUUGGCCUUGGCUGCUGGUGCUGGUAGCGGUUUGAGCCGUUUGGGCGGUUCCGGCGGUGCUGGUGGUCUCUUGGGCGGUUUGGGUGGUUUGUUCGGUGGCAAGAGCUCCGGUGCUGCCACUGUUGGUUCCUCAGGUGCUGGCGGUUGGUCCUCGGGUGGUGCUUCCACCGGUGGCUGGUCAUCUGGCAACAGCGCUGGCUGGGAUUCCCACGGUGCCUACAGCUCUCCCGUUGCUCAAACCAUUGCCUACUCCGGCUACAAGCAAAGCAGACGGUAAACAGGCUGCCAAUGUUUUUUUUAGGGUAAUAUCAACGACACUAAUUUAAAACGAAAGGAU